AUGGCUUCACGAGCAGGGCCACGAGCUACGGGAACAGAUGGUAGUGACUUCGAACACAGGGAGCGAGUAGCCUCACACUACCAGAUGAGUGUGGCCCUGAAGUCAGAAAUCCGUAAGCUUAACAUCGUCCAUUUGCUGGUCUGGGUGCUGAUGGCAGCUCAGGUGACAGUCAGCCAACUGAGUCUUGUGUCCCACAAAAUGAUCGCCUCACCAUACCAGUGGGAAUACCCGUACCUCCUCAGUGUUAUUCCCACCGCAUUUAGUUUCAUGGCUUUGCCACGUAACAACAUUAGCUACCUGGUUAUUUCCAUGAUAAGCGCCGGGCUUUUCUCAGUGGCACCUCUUAUCUACGGCAGCAUGGAGAUGUUCCCUUUUGCGCAGCAGUUGUAUCGACAUGGCAAAGCCUACCGUUUCAUCUUUGGUUUCUCUGCGGUAUCAGUCAUGUAUCUGGUGAUCGUCAUUUCCGUGCAGGUGCACGGCUGGCAGAUCUACUACAGCAAGAAACUACUGGACCAGUGGUUCACCAGCACACAGGAGAAGAAGAAAAAAUAA